AUGAUGAGAAUGUAUGAAAUGACUGAUCUAGGACUUCUGUAUCAUUUUCUUGGAAUGGCAGUGAUUCAAACUGAACAUAGCACUUUCAUUAGUCAGAAGAAAUAUGCAUUGACUCUAGUGAAUAAGUUUGGAUUACACCAAUGCAAGCCUGUGAGUAUUCCUUUGGUGACAAGUGAGAAGUUAUGCAAGAAUGAUGGUAAUGAACCUGCAUAUGAGAAUCAAUAUAGACAGAUUGUAGGGAGUUUAUUUUACCUAACUACUACAAGUCUAGAUAUAAUGUUUGCAACUAGUCUUUUGGCAAGGUUUAUGCAUUGUCCUACCAAAAAGCACUAUGGAACAGCCAAAAGGGUCUUAAGGUACAUACAAGGGACAAUAGACUAUGGUAUUGAGUAUCAGAAAGGCAAUGAGGCUAUACUAAUCGGAUAUUGUGAUAGUGAUUGGAGUGGAAGUUAA